CCCUAAAUUUUAUUCCUACGCCGCCUUCCCUAGUUCCCUUCCCUCGGGCCGUCUCUGCCGUCGCCACCAAAGUCCAAACCACUUCCUCUGCCGCUGCUUUUCACCUCUUCCACACGCGCCGCCACCGACGCCGCCGUGAGCUGUCGUCGCAGAAGACGUUGCCGUGAGCUGUCGCGUGACAAAUCUGUCUUUUGAGAUUAUGCCUGCUGGUUUUCAUUUGAAGACAAGUGUCAGGAGCAAACUUAAGGCUUCAACUGAACAAGGGAAAGCAUAUGGUAGGAAGAGAAAGAACGUAAGGGAGAUACAAAUUUCUGAAGAUGAACGUUUUGAGUCUGAUGGUGUACCAUAUAGAGGGACAAGGAACAGGGAAUUCAAAAUCAGAUUAGUGAGUGAUAACAACAGGAAGAAGCUGAUUAGGGAAGGAAAUGCAAAAUUCAAUAAUUUUAGGGGAAGUUCUGAAUUUCAGCCCCGUGGGAGGGCAAAGAAUGAUGCUACUACUUGGAAUAAGGAGCAGUUUAGUGAAGCAAGAAUAUCUAGAAGAAAAAGUUAUAGUGAUAAACGAAAAGGUAUGUAUGAUGGUGAUUCUGAUGUGCAUGAAGCAUCUAAUCCGAGACGUAUUAUGCGCAAAGGCAGGACUUUGAACAAUGGUGCUGUGCUUGGUAAAGAAGAUGAUACAGGAGUCCGGACUAAUGACUAUCAUGCUAAGGUUAGGUCCAAGCAAGACAGCUUUGAAAAAUUUUCUGAUAAAUUUGGACCAAAGAUGACAAAGCAAUCCAGAGAUGCAUCUUCCGAGGGAGGUGAUGUUGGUACUGGAGAUGGAAUAGUAGAAGAUGACACAAAGAACAAAAAUAAAUCAAGUCAACUUACAGAAACCAAACAUGAAAGGUUUCAAACAAGAGUGCUUGAUAAAUCUGGAAAGAAGAUCCGCGUCAACAGGAAGGCUUUGGCUAAUGCCACUGCUGGAACAAAUCUUCCAGUGAGAAAGAAAAAGAGAGGCAUUAGAAUUGAUCCAUAUGACACUUCAAACAAGCGAUUGGAUGAUGGUGUUACUAACAGCGAGAAGGUUAAUGAGGAAAAGACUGAAAUCUCAAUGAACGCUCAGUUUCGUGCAAUACAGCCAAGCUCAUCGAUCCUUUCAUUUGUUGAAGAUAAUCUAUUGGGACGCAGGCGAAUGAUCGAAUUAAAAAAUGCUGGUUAUAAUGCUAAGCUCUCUGCACCUUUGGAUAAUGUUCCCUUCUCAACAAGCACUGAAAGAGAAAGGAUUGAGGAAAAUGUAUAUAGGAAUAAGCUGGAGUUUUUUGCUUCAGCAAAAGUUUCGUCCUCAUUUCCACCUCCCAUGAUUCCAGAGAUAGCUUUUGCAGGUAGAUCAAAUGUCGGGAAGUCCUCACUCUUGAAUGCUCUUACUAGACAAUGGGGAGUAGCAUGGACAUCAGAUAAGCCAGGCCUUACUCAGACUAUUAACUUUUUCAAGCUUGGCUCAAAGCUAUGUUUAGUUGAUUUGCCGGGAUAUGGCUUUGCAUAUGCAAAAGAAGAAGUAAAAGAUGCAUGGGAGGAACUUGUGAAGGAGUAUGUUUCAACUAGAGUUGGCCUACAACAAGUAUGCGUCCUCGUUGACACUAAAUGGGGUAUGAAACCAAGGGAUCAUGAGCUCAUUGAUUUGAUGGAAAGAUCUCAGACGCCUUAUCAAAUACUAUUGACAAAGACAGAUUUAGUAUUCCCCAUUGAUGUUGCACGCCGCGCUAUGCAAAUUCAAGAGAAUCUCAAGUUGAACAAAUCGAUCAUAAACCCAGUGAUGAUGGUUAGCUCCAAGUCGGGUGCUGGCAUCCGUAGCUUGAGGACUGUGAUCACAAAGCUUGCUCGAUUUCUGAAACCAUAGGGCCACUACUGCAACCCAAAGCAACAGUCAAGAAACAUAAUUCUCCACAUCAAAGAGAACGUUUAAAGAUGUGAUCUUGUGCAUUCCAUUUAAUACAAACAAUCAUCAAUUUGCUUGUACCUGAAUGUUUGUCCUGGCUAGUUGAAGCAGUCGAGCAGAAUGGCUGCUACUUCAACCACCAAACUCCCAUAGUGUCGCCUGGGCUCAAUAUGGCAUCGAUUUGCCGCUAGUUUUGAAGUUCAAAUUAUGUGCGCGUGCUACCUUGAUACGAUGAUUCUAGUUUCAAUAGCAGAGUAAGCACGCUAUUUUGUAGUGAAAUCAUUUCAGUUGGUUUACCAUACGGUUGUUAGAACUUUGAACCUUAUUUUAUGUCAAACCAAAUCUAUUUGUUAAAGUUUGGUAUAUUUGCAAAA